AUGGCCGCUUACUUGGAGGAGCACAUCUUAGACAAGUCUUCUAGACGCUGGUACGGAGCACGGUGGCAGUCAGGCUUGGGCUCCAUUUGUAUUGGCUACAACACAUACACCUCCAACAGUCAGGAGAGGAUGUGGCAGACCCUGAAGGGGAGUUUGCCCAAAGAUGGAAGGCACCUGAAUUUGGGCGAUCUAGUUCAAAACACGGCCCAACUUCUUCUGACUUGGACGCGGACCGGGCAAUUCGCAAGUGUGUUCUUCCGACUUGAAAUGCCUCUGCCAGUUCACUUGUCGAACAAGGGCAAGCAGAUUAUGUCAGAGCCAGAUGUAGACCCGUGCGGCGUCCAGCACAGGCGGCUAAGUGCCGCCCAGAUGCGAGAAUGGUUGGAAGAGCACGGUGCGGAACACACGUACUUGAAAGAGGUUUUGGACGGUGCCCGUGUUCUAAUUGAUGGAGGCACAAAAGCUGUGGCAGAAGUGUAUGUGCUUCCUAAGUACCAGAUGAAACUCGCUCUGGAAAAGCCAGAAGAGUUGCAGAGUCGUUUGGACUUGUUUAUGUCAUGUUUGCAUGAAGACCCUGAGCUCAUGAUGCGACAGAGCUUGGGGAACGUGCACACGUGGAGUUUCAAGCGUCAUAAAUCCUUGUUGUACCGUUACGUGCUGGUGUGUUGCUUGGCCGAUGGCCAAAUUUUGGACGAGCAUCCGCACUUUACUCAUGACACAGCGUCUGAGCACGCUGCUUUUGUAAAAAGCCUUGUGUCCAACUUUAAUUUGAAUCGGGUCGCGCAUGGGCCGAAGGCCCACAAGCGCGGUCGAGCCAAAAAAACCAAGCAAUCCGCUGGCUUCCGUGAGAAGGUGCGGACUCCAUCACCUGAGGUGCGCGCCCUUUCGUAA